AAAAAAAUUAUUUGAAGGCAUUCAGCAGCUUUAGCGCCCUCAUCUUUUGUACCUCACUUAUGCAAAAACAGCUAUUCUGAAAAAGAAAAACCUUUAACAGAGAAGAAAACUGGAGAAAGAUGCAGAGCAGCAGGAAGAGGAGGGCAUCUGACAGAUAAAACGAGGGAGCUCUGCAGCAGGAUCCCUACAGUGCUGUACACAGAACUGCGUGACUGGUCUCUGCAAGCAGAGGGAGGAGAGAGGAGAGAAGGGAGGAAGGUAGGAGAGAAAGAAAGGGGGAGGGGAGGCAAUUCAGUGCAGUGCUAGCAGACUGGAUGAGUAGCAGCCAUGGCAUAAGAAGCAACAUCAGCACCACUAGCUGUAGCAUCUUUCUUUGUGGCUGCUGGAGGCUGUGUUGUGGCUGCUCUACCAUUAACAGCCACAAGACAUACACACACACACACACACACACACAAAUAUUUGGACACAGACGCUCCUCGUGCUUGCCUCAUACACACACAUGUCGUGGUGGCCACCAGAGAAGAGGUAGUAAGUGACGGGGCUCGGGGGACAGAGGGACACAGGAAGAGGAAACCGGGACGACUGGUGGUAGUGCAAACAGGAGGAGGGCUGGAGCGACCGUGACUGGAGCAGCAGCAACAGUAGCAGCGGCACCAUGGCGCAAGCCGCCAAGCAGCUCCGCAAGACCAAGGACCUUGCGGAGGCCGCCGCCCAGGAGCAGAGGGAGAAGGAGGAGGAAAAGAUAAAAAAGAGGAAUCGAUCCAGGGACCGCAGGCGCAAGGCAGAUGCAGCCACCAGCUUUCUGCGCGCAGCUCGUUCAGGGAACCUGGACAAGGCGCUCGAUCACAUCAAGAAUGGAAUCGACAUCAACACAGCUAAUCAAAAUGGUCUUAACGGGUUACACCUCGCCUCCAAAGAAGGCCACGUCAAAAUGGUCUUGGAAUUACUCCAUUCUGGCAUUGAGCUGGAAGCAACUACAAAGAAAGGGAACACUGCUCUCCAUAUCGCAGCGCUGGCAGGGCAGGAGAAGGUGGUGGCUGAGCUCGUCAACUAUGGUGCCAAUGUUAAUGCCCAGUCACAUAAAGGGUUCAGUCCUCUCUACAUGGCAGCACAGGAGAACCAUUUAGAAGUGGUCAAAUUUCUGCUUGAAAAUGGUGCCAAUCAAAGUCUCCCAACUGAGGAUGGCUUCACUCCCCUUGCAGUGGCCCUACAGCAGGGCCACGAAAACGUAGUGGCACUGCUCAUCAACUAUGGCACCAAGGGCAAGGUCCGCCUCCCUGCCCUGCACAUUGCUGCAAGAAACGAUGACACGCGCACUGCUGCAGUUCUCCUGCAGAACGACCCCAACCCCGAUGUUCUUAGCAAGACUGGUUUCACACCUCUGCAUAUUGCAGCUCACUAUGAAAAUAUGAGUGUAGCCCAGCUGCUGCUGAACAGAGGAGCGAAUGUAAACUUUACCCCCAAGAAUGGCAUCACACCCCUUCAUAUAGCCUCUAGGAGGGGCAACGUAAUGAUGGUCAGACUAUUGCUGGACAGAGGAGCACAGAUUGAUGCCAAAACUAAGGAUGAGCUGACUCCUCUCCACUGUGCAGCUAGGAAUGGUCAUGUUCGCAUUAUUGAGAUCCUGCUAGAACACGGUGCUCCCAUCCAGGCUAAAACCAAGAAUGGUCUGUCCCCCAUCCACAUGGCAGCUCAGGGGGAUCACAUGGACUGUGUCAGGCAGCUACUCCAGUACAAUGCUGAGAUUGAUGAUAUCACACUCGACCAUUUAACUCCUCUUCAUGUAGCAGCCCACUGCGGUCACCAUCGCAUGGCCAAAGUUCUCCUGGACAAGGGGGCCAAAGCCAAUGCACGGGCUCUGAAUGGCUUCACACCUUUGCAUAUUGCUUGCAAGAAGAACCACAUGCGGUCUAUGGACCUGCUGCUUAAGCACUCUGCUUCCUUGGAGGCUGUCACAGAGUCUGGUCUCACUCCUCUUCAUGUAGCAGCUUUCAUGGGGCAUCUGAACAUAGUGAAAAACCUGCUCCAAAGAGGGGCUUCACCCAAUGCUUCCAAUGUGAAAGUGGAGACUCCUCUUCAUAUGGCCUCCAGAGCAGGACACUGUGAAGUUGCUCAGUUCCUGCUCCAGAACUCAGCACAAGUGGAUGCCAAGGCUAAGGAUGACCAGACACCUUUACACUGUGCAGCCCGUAUGGGCCACAAGGAGCUUGUCAAGCUGCUCCUUGAGCACAAGGCCAGCCCUGACUCAGCUACAACUGCAGGUCACACACCUUUACACAUUGCAGCACGUGAAGGACAUGUCCAGACUAUUCGAAUAUUAUUGGAUGCUGGAGCGGAGCAAAUAAAGAUGACAAAGAAAGGUUUCACUCCCCUCCAUGUGGCCUCCAAAUAUGGAAAGGUAGAUGUGGCUGAACUCCUUCUGGAAAGAGGAGCAAACCCAAAUGCAGCUGGGAAGAACGGUCUGACACCCCUUCAUGUGGCCGUCCAUCACAACAACCUGGAUGUUGUUAGACUCCUGGUCAGCAAGGGAGGAUCUGCACACAGCACUGCCCGAAAUGGAUACACUCCCCUUCACAUAGCAGCCAAGCAGAACCAGAUGGAGGUGGCCAGCUGUCUUCUUCAGAAUGGGGCAUCACCCAAUUCUGAGUCCCUCCAAGGCAUCACGCCCCUACACCUGGCUUCACAGGAGGGACGGCCUGACAUGGUGGCUCUGCUCAUUUCCAAACAGGCCAACGUAAAUCUUGGAAACAAGAAUGGACUGACUCCUCUGCAUCUUGUGGCCCAGGAGGGUCAUGUGGGCAUCGCAGACACUUUGGUCAAACAGGGGGCAUCUGUUUAUGCUGCUUCACGUAUGGGCUACACACCCCUUCACGUGGCCUGUCAUUAUGGCAACAUCAAGAUGGUGAAGUUCCUUCUGCAGCAGCAAGCUCAUGUGAACGCCAAGACAAGGAUGGGCUACACCCCUCUGCACCAGGCAGCCCAGCAGGGCCACACAGAUAUUGUCACACUCUUGCUGAAACAUGGAGCCCAACCCAAUGAGAUCACCUCGAACGGCACGUCUCCCCUGGGCAUUGCUAAGAGGCUGGGUUACAUCUCUGUCAUUGAUGUGCUCAAGCUGGUAACCGAGGAGUCUGUUUCUGCGAUCACGACAGAGAAGCAUCGGAUGAGUUUCCCCGAAACUGUAGAUGAGAUUUUGGAUGUUUCAGAGGAUGAAGGGGUUGCCCAGCUAACGUUAGGAGACGAGUUGCUGGGGAUGGACGGAGCUCGCUAUUUGAAGCUUGAUGAUUUUAAGGACCAGGAUGAUGACUUUCUCUCCCCAAAGAAGACCCUCAGAGACUUUGAGGGCGGCAUGGGCACCACUCCAUAUUCUCCUGCCAUUCCCAGGAUCCCCUGUGUGUCACCAGAGACAGUUAUGCUGGAUCAGCAGACUCCCGUCCCCUUGCCAAAAGAAUAUGAUGAAGAUUCUCUUAUCCCAAGCAGUCCAGCUACUGAGACUUCAGACAAUGUCAGCCCUGUAGCCAGCCCUAUUCACACUGGCUUCCUGGUGAGUUUCAUGGUGGAUGCUCGAGGGGGCUCCAUGCGAGGCAGCAGGCACCAUGGACUACGAGUGAUCAUCCCUCCCCGAACCUGCGCUGCACCGACGCGUAUCACUUGCCGUCUCGUUAAACCCCAGAAACUGACCACGCCUCCUCCACUAGUGGAGGGCGAGGGCCUCGCUAGCCGGAUCAUCUCCCUGGGGCCGUCCAGUAUGCAGUUCCUUGGACCAGUGAUAGUAGAAAUCCCUCACUUUGCCUCACUGGGACGAGGAGACAGAGAGCUUGUGGUGCUCCGCAGUGAGAACGGCUCAAUCUGGAAGGAACAUCGCAAUCGCUAUGGCGACGAAGUACUGGAAACUAUUCUGAAUGGCAUGGAUGAAGACUUGGAGAGCCAAGAGGAGCUGGAGAAGAAGAGAAUCCGUCGAAUCAUCUCCACUGACUUCCCCCUCUACUUUGCAGUAGUGUCUCGCAUACAGCAGGAGAGUGAUCUCAUUGGUCCAGAGGGCGGUCGGCUGACCAGUAAGCUGGUCCCCCAAGUUGAGGCAAUCUUCCCUGAGACUGCUGUCACCAAGAGAGUGAGGCUGGGACUGCAGGCACAACCAAUCCCUGAUGAACUGCUGACCAGGCAGCUUGGUAACCAGGCCACCUUCAGCCCAGUGGUUACCAUCGAACCUCGGCGACGCAAAUUUCACCGUCCAAUCGGAUUGCGCAUUCCUUUACCACCGUCGUGGAGGGAGAGCCCUCGUGAUGCUGGCGAGGGUGAUACCACCAGCUUGCGUCUUCUCUGCAGUGUCAUUGGUGGAACAGCACCAGCUCAGUGGGAGGACAUCACUGGAACCACCAAGCUGAUGUAUGCCAACAACUGUGCCAAUUUUACCACCAAUGUGUCUGCAAGAUUCUGGCUGGCAGACUGUCCACGUACGGCGGAGGUGGUCACCUUUGCCAACCUGCUGUACAGGGAGCUAAUGGCAGUCCCAUAUAUGGCCAAGUUUGUUAUUUUUGCAAAGAUGAAUGAGGCACGUGAGGGACGCCUGCGUUGUUACUGCAUGACAGAUGACAAGAUGGACAAAACUCUGGAGCUGCACGAGAACUUCACCGAGGUGGCCCGGAGUCGAGACAUUGAGGUGCACACAGGGGCAAGGCCACAGAAAGCCAGCUUGUUAAGGAGCGCAGUUGAACGUGUGAUUCAUUUUAAGUUCUCUAAAAAGUGGCGGCAUCGUUGUGUGGUGGUUAGCACUGGUUCCUCAGACCAAGAAGGUCCUGGGUUUGAAUCAUACUGUGUAAAGCAGGGGUCCCCAACUAAAAUAACAGGAGGUUCACUACCUCCAUCAUCCAAUCAAUCUGGGUUCCGAACACUUUAAAUGACCCAACAAAAAUAUUUUCUUUCAUUUCUAUUUAACAUUUAAUUAACAAUAUAGACUUUUGCCUUGUAACUACUGAUCAAUCAUUCAUAUGCCAUUAAAUCAUCUCCUGAACCGAAAAGUGCGAUCCAGUUCAAGUACUAAUAUUAAACAAAAAACUAUUUAACAAUAAAAUCACGCAAUAAUCUUUACCACAUCUAUUGCACAUAACCCAACAUUAAGGUGUCUUGAUGCAUGCUCAAUCAUCCAGGUAAAUCC